AUGGCGAGCGUGAUGAACAAAUUGAGGAAUUUGGAUGCUUACCCUAAAAUCAACGAUGAUUUUUAUAGCCGUACACUCUCCGGUGGUUUAAUCACACUGAUUUCUUCCAUUGUUAUGCUGAUUCUGUUCUUCUCCGAGCUUCGACUUUAUCUUCAUCAUGUUACUGAGACUCAGCUUCGUGUUGAUACAUCAAGAGGAGAGAAGCUAAGAAUCAAUUUUGAUGUUACUUUCCCUGCUCUUGCUUGUUCGAUUAUUAGCCUUGAUGCUAUGGAUAUUAGUGGAGAGAAACACCUUGAUGUGAGGCAUGAUAUAGUUAAAAGAAGGUUAGAUUCUCAUGGUAAUGUUGUAGAAACAAGACAAGAUGGAAUUGGUCAUACAAAGAUUGAAAAUCCAUUACAAAGACAUGGUGGGAGGCUAGAGCAUAAUGAAACAUAUUGUGGUUCUUGUUAUGGAGCUGAAGCAAUGAUGAGUGUUGUAAUUCAUGUGAGGAAGUUCGUUAAGCUUAUCGAAAGAAAGGUUGGGCGAUGUCAGACCCUGAGAUCAUUGACCAGGUACGGUGCUUGUAAAAGAGAAGGUUUUGUUCAAAGGGUUAAGGACGAGGAAGGUGAAGGUUGUAAUAUCUACGGUUUCUUGGAAGUUAAUAAAGUGGCUGGGAGUUUUCAUUUCGUUCCUGGGAAAACUUUCCAUCAAUCAGGCUUUCAUUUACAAGAUCUGUUAGAGUUCCAGGAAGACAACUACAAUAUAAGCCACAAGGUUAACAGACUGGCCUUCGGGGACUAUUUCCCUGGUGUAGUGAAUCCCUUGGAUGGUGUGCAGUGGACUCAAGAGGCACUUAAUGGCAUGUAUCAAUAUUUUAUCAAGGUUGUACCGACCGAAUACACAGAUGUUAAAGAGCAUGUUAUUCAGUCAAACCAGUUUUCUGUGACUGAACAUUUCGAGAAAACUCAAGUUCACAUACAAUCACUUCCUGGUGUUUUCUUUUUCUAUGAUCUUUCUCCAAUUAAGGUGAUUUUUACGGAGCAGCAUGUGGAAUUCUUGCACUUCCUUACCAAUGUUUGCGCUAUAGUAGGAGGCGUUUUCACGGUGUCCGGAAUCAUUGAUUCAUUCGUAUAUCACGGACAACGGGCGAUAAAGAAAAAGAUGGAAAUCGGCAAAUUCGGCUGA